UUCUCAACAAAACAAUAAUGUAGGAGUGGUGGAAUACCACUCUUAUGUAGCACCGAUGAAAUAUCACUCGGAGGAGCAACAAAGUCGUUCAGCACAUCAGUAUUCUCCUGUAUUUGCUCGUUCCGUAUGAACCAUGGAGCUGGCAGUGGUUGCUGUAGCUGAGACCUCGCCAAAUUGUACUUUCGAGAAUCUUGCAGAGGCUUUGGAUGUCUGGUGUUUGCGUCCUCAUGUUUUAAACAAGCGUAUUGCAUCUUGUCGAGUACUACACACGGUGCGAAUAAGCAGGCCACAACUAGAAGAAGCCGUAGCAAGCGACCAGGUCUCAGAAAAACUACGCAAUGCUGAAUUUGAUUUGCCUGAAGAAGACAGCGACUGUGUCAUUGAGUGUAGAAUUCGUGAGCUGACUAGUCGUCCUAAUAAGUCUGGUGAUGUACAUAGGACAUAUGAGCUAAUCGUAAUAGAUAGCAGCGCGUGUUCGUAUUGUUUCAUACCUAUUGCACUAGGAAGUGUGAACGAGGGUACGGAUACCACAUCCCCACCAGCCCGAGAUGGACUGCCACAGCUGGGUCGCUGCCACUUGGAAUGGCAGUAUCAACUAUCCAUGCAGAAAAGCGAUGACCUGUCGCUAAGUGUUCUAGUGUGUGUGUCCAAACAUCGGCCAGAAGACUGUCUGCCGCCGCCACCACCACAGUCACAGACCACACAGGAACUCAGUGGUGAUCAUGUGGAGACGACCGUCGUCAGCAAACCAGCAGUGGCGUCACUGCUGCCCGGUAUUGGCCAAACCCUGCCUCGUGUAGGCUGGCUGGGCAAGACUCUCCUACCAAAGGUGGUGACAUGGAUGCGGCCUGCAACCACGCAAACACCCCAAGACAAGAAUAGCAGGAAUGGUACAGGUAGCAGCAGUACUGGGGGCAGUGGCUAUCCCAAGUGCACUCCGCUGAUUGACAUGGAUCGCUAUAGCACACUCUACCAGCAUCUCAAGAUCAAGUAUGGCAAGCACUUAGUCGAGGUGUGGCCUGAACGUACGGACCCGCACAAGUUUGUGUAUGAGGACUGUGCCAUUGCAGCGUACCUUCUUGUGUUGUGGGAGGAAGAAAGAGAACGACUUGCGCUAACUCAAAAGCAAUCGUUUGUUGACUUAGGCUGUGGCAAUGGCUUGCUUGUGCAUCUCCUGGCAUCUGAAGGGCAUCCCGGCAAAGGUAUUGACUUGCGCAAGCGUCGCAUCUGGGAUCUGUACGGACCGCAGACUGUCCUAGAGGAACAUGCCAUAGAGCCGUCUGACUCAUCAUUGUUCCCGCACACUGACUGGAUUAUCGGUAAUCAUUCCGACGAGUUAACACCCUGGAUACCAUUGAUCACAGCCAGGUCAGCGUACACUACUCGCUUCUUUCUACUGCCAUGUUGCUUCUUUGACUUCCAUGCCAAG